AUGUCACAUAAGCCAGAAAACCGUAUCAAUCUAUUUCGUUUACAAAUACUCAUUAUAGAUGGAGGCCUCCUUGUUUUGAGAAGUUUAAUUGACCAGACCCUGACUGCUCAAGGCAUAACUCUUAGUGCAUGUUUGAAUCAAGGAAAGCCAACAAUUACACAUUUGAAAAACAAAGGCGUUAUAACACAGGAACAAUACGACAUAUUGUUCCCAACAGAUGGUCAUGUCCCAACAACGUCAGAAAUGGACUUAACGCUGAUAUUCAUUUUUCUUCUAAGAUGCUUGAGGUGUUUUGGACUGAAUAGGAAUUUCGACUGGAAGGCUUCACUUAUAUCAACCGAUGUAUCAAUUGAGGCAGAUAUAUGUCGGUUAAAAGCUCAUCGAAAUGAUAUUAGCCAUAAAACACAGACAACAGAUAUAGAAGCACAUGACUUUGUAACAUUGUGGAAGGACAUAGAGCAGAUUCUUGUCCGACUUAGCUCUCCAGCUCUGAAUAUUCAGCAAACAAUUGACGAUUUCAAAACCUGCCCUCUAGAUCCAGAGGAAGAGAAAAGGGUUCAAGAAGAAAUACAAAAAUGGAAAGACUAUGAGGCUGAUGUUGAUCGGUUGAAAGAAGAAAUGACAAAUGUAAAAGAGAGGGUCACUGAAGUGGAGAAAACCCAAGAGGAGAUCAAAACACGACUAGAAGAAGAGAAAAGAAACGAAGUCGUCUCUUUUAUGCAGACAGAGGAGGGAAAAUAUCAAAAUCGCAAGAAGGAACUUAAAGAAGAUCUGAUGAGAUUCUACAAAUGGAGUCACAGCAAAGUUCUACUUUCGCCGCUUUUUGAAGAGAAAGAUACGCCGUUGGCUUCUUUCUAUAUCAGGCCUGAAUUAACUGUUAAAAAAUUGCAGGAGUUGUUCAAAACUUGGGGUGUGGCUAACCGAGAAAUAUAUCUAAAGGCUGAUGCUGGACUCGGAAAAACUACAUUUUCAAAAUAUCUAGCGACAUCUUGGUACCAGGCGCAUUGUCCAGAUAAGGAUGUGCCACAUUUUGAAAAGAAUGAUAUUUACUGUAUGCGUGACUUUGACUUCGUAUUUCUGGUGUUAUUGCGAGAUUCGAACACUUCAUGUUCUGUUGAUGAACUCAUUUUUAAACUUAUUGUUUCAAAUCUGGUCAACUCAAAAUCGUUCACGGAAGAAUUUAUGCAGGAACUACUGAGUCGUGAAAAUUGCCUAGUGAUUCUUGAUGGCCUUGAUGAAUGGACUCAUCCGAAUAGGAAUUGUGAGAGAGCACCACGAUCAAUCCCCCACAGGAACGUUCGAGAAAAUUGUACAAUUCUAACGACAACGAGACCAUGGAAAUUAGGAGAUUUGAAUUUAAGUUCGAAUGAAUUAGGGAAAACCGUAGAACUUACCGAACUAAAUUACUACUCAGCAAGAACACUUAUAAGACGAGCAUUACUAAGAUUGAAAUCUCCUCCUCAUAACAUGUCAAUAGAAAUAGAUGACGCUACUUUAGUUAAUGAAAUCUUCAAUAGCCGGGUUGCUCACCUUGCAUACGUGCCUUUACUUCUAAUGUAUAUGAUUUGCUUAAGGUGUGAAGGAUUCAAUAUAGGAAAUUCAAAAUGUGAACUGUAUGUAAAAAUAGUCGAACUCCUCUUAUUAAGAACGACGCAGAAAUACGGAGAUAUUUCACAAACCCUUUCUUCCAGUGAUGUCCCAGCAUGCUUUACUGAACAUGAUAAAUGUAAGGAAUACUUCCCACUCCUGGUGAAUUUAGGACAACUAGCUUAUCAUACAUUAUCAAAUAAAACAAGAGAAAACACGCUGGUAUUUGAUGGAUCAGUUACUGAGAAAUAUCUCACACCAGAAGAGAUGAAAUUCACUCUUCACUCGGGAAUAUUGUCUCAAAGUACAACAACAAAUCUAACUAAAAAGGUUAGUAAAGUGUCAUUUUCCCACAAAACAGUUCAAGAAUUCUUUGCAGCCAUAUUUAUAAGUUAUGAAAAAGAGGCUCAGUCAAUUGUUCUAGAAAAAUGUAGAACUGUUCAAGAUAUUCUAGACAUGUCAAAAAUUUGGGAAUUUGUAAUUGAAUUGAAUUCUGACCGGAUGUGUGCAAUAUCAAAUGAUUUGAUGUCUGUGAUAAAUGAAGACGAGAUUACACGCGACUAUAGAACUAGGACACGUGGCGAGGACAUUUUACGUGAAAUUAUAGAGUUAUUCUCUCUCAAAGAUCUCAGUCAUAUACAGAAACUUCACUAUAUAGGUAGCAGGAAGAGCAAGAAGGAGGCGGAGACAAAUCGUAUAUUGUUUCCCAGUAUGCAUUUACAAUAUUACUUGUUAAUUGUGAUGGAGAGUAAUAAUUUUCAGCGGCCUUGGAUCAAAAUUUCAAAAUCUUCCCGAUGCAGAAUCACUCGAGAAAUUUUACUGUUAGGAUUUGUGUGGU